AAACGAACUUUAAAAUAGCCGACUUAAGCAAAAUAAUGAAACCAACAAAAGACACCAAAAAUGACGACUCUAGCGAUGACUCUAAAGGGAACACCAAAAAAAGGACAACGAAGCUAACUAACGCACAAUACCAAAAUGCAGACACCAAGACAACAACUCCAAUCAAAAACGAUGAUAUAUCAAAAGCCGUUAUGACUCCAAAAGCAACGAAAAACAUAAGUAACAAAAUAUUGAAUAGCAUGAAAGACAUCAAAAGGACAAACCAAAGCAUUGAUUCCAGAAUUGGCGACUCCAAAGACAAUAGCGAAAAAGACAGUGAUACACCAAAAUCCAUGAUGACUCCAAAAGCGACGCAAAAGCAACAAGAGUUACAAAAAGCAAACCGAAAAAAAAACAUAAUGAAG